AUGAGAUUCGCAACAAACUGCAGAGCAACCGAAACUGAACGAAAGAAAGAUUUGUUACGUAGUGAUGAAAUUGAAAAUGCAAAAUUCCUAUGGAUAAGAUAUACACAAGGUAAAAUAUUUAGUGACGAAAUAAAUUGUAUAGAUAAUUCUACAAAACGUAAAACACUUGUGCGACAAUUAAAACUCUUUCUAGACGAAAAGCAAUUAUUACGAUGUGGUGGCCGCCGAAUAGACAAUGCGACAGUAGGAGAAACAGUCAAGUUUCCAUAUAUGUUACCGGCAAAGGACCGUCUCACACAUUUGAUAGUGUUAGAAGCACAUGAGAAUACACUACAUUCAGGAAUAAAUAUCACUCUAGCAUACAUACAACAAACAUUUUGGAUUCCGAAAUUAAGACAGUGCGUCAAAUCUAUAUUGAUGAAAUGUGUAACGUGCCGAAAAGUAAUCGGAAAAUCUUAUCCCGCACCAGAAAUUCCACCAUUACCAAAAGAGAGAGUUCAAGAUGCCACACCCUUCAGCAUAACCGGUGUAGACUUCACAGGUGCGCUAACGACAAGAAACAGACACAACGAAGAAUCGAAGGUUUACAUUUGCCUAUUUACAUGUGCUGUCACUCGAGCCGUACAUUUGGAAUUAGUUUACGAUCUCAGCGAAGAAUCUUUUUUAUUGUGUUUCCGGAGAUUUGUAAGUCGACGAUCAGUGCCGAAAAUAAUGAUGUCAGAUAAUGCGCUAACAAAGCUGCUUCAAACGAAAUUUCACGACUUUGCAAUUCUAGAAAAGUUAAAGAAAAUAUUCAGAAUUAUGGCAUUGAAUGGAAGUUCAUCCCAAAUAAUGCUCCAUGGUUCGGAGGCAUGUGGGAAAGAAUGA